AUGUACAAGAGAAAUACUAAAUAUCUAUUCAAGAAGUUUAACAAACUGGUCACGUCAAAUCUCACUACGAGCACAAUACCAUCUGUUACGAGUAACAAUACGAACUCGAUAUAUAUCGAUAAGCCAUUAGGAACAGGAGCCGGUCCCUUUGUUGAAUUACCUAAAUUUAAAACUAUUGGUAACGAUGGGAACUUGUUACAAGUGGUUAUACCUAAAUCAUCAUCGAAUUUAAAUAUCCAAUUCAAUUCAAAUUCAAUUAUUGGAAUCAAUGGUAGUGUUACAGAAAAUCUAGAUUUACAAGUGAAAAAUAAAUACAUUCCUAUUAGUGGGUCAAUUGAAUAUCAAGAAUUGAUAACUAAUAAUGAUAACGAUUUAAAUUUGUUAAUACAAGGAAAUAACUAUAAGUUAAUUGAAUUGAAUAAAAGCCAAUCUCCUUGGAUUUUUCUUAGAGAUGAAAAUUUAGUAGGCUGGAUAGAAAAUUUUAAAUUGGAUUUUCAACCAGUUGAGAUACUACAAAAGUUUAAAAGUUUACAAGUCAAAGGAACUGGUUAUAUAUUAAUUAAUGGAGGAAAUUGCAAUGAUGUAAUUGAAUUGAAUUUAAAUGCAAAUGAAGAAAUCUUAAUUAAUCCAAAUUCAUUAAUUGCCAUUAAUGGUAACAAUAUUAAUGACGUCAGCUUUCAAUUGAUCCCACAUGAUAAAUUGUUUGAAUUUAAACUUCCACAAAUCCCAUCAUUACCUUCACUUCCAUUGACUCACGGAAUUAGAAAUAAAUUGUUGGAUCCCGUAAAGAGCAUGGUUCAAAAUUUGAAAGUUAAAUAUCAAAAUCUAUUAUCGACUACAAAUGACAUGAUUUCUCAAAAUGAAUAUAUGAAAUCACUGAUGAAUUGGGUAAUCAAAAGCUAUCAAUAUAUCUAUUCCAAAUUAUUUUACAACACUGAAGGGUUUUUAUUAAGAAGAAACCCAAUAUUUAUGAAGAUUAAAGGUCCAGUUAAGAUUCUAAUGAAUAAUAAGCACGUGACUAAUAAUAAUAAAUUAUUUACGAACAAAGAAAUCAAAUCAUUUUUAUAG